AUUUUAACAGCUGGGCUGUCAGAAAGAGGACUUUUGUUUUGUUCCCUCCCCUCCCACCCCACUCACACCAACCCGGAAAAAGGAAAUAAUGUCCGUAGUCGUCCACUAGCUCAAGUCAGUUUGAGGUCGAGUGGAAGUUAACCAUGGCGAUGACAAGUCAGACGUCCUGCUCCUCGAUGAGCAACCACACUAAGGAACGGGUCACCAUGGCCAAAGUGACGCUGGAGAAUUUUUAUAGCAACCUGAUUUCACAGCAUGAGGAAAGGGAAAUGAGGAAACAGAAACUGGAAAAGGUCAUGGAUCAAGAGGGCCUAGCUGAUGAAGAGAAGCCUCUCCGGCGGUCUGAGCAUGCUAGGAAAGAGACAGAGUUUCUUCGUCUUAAACGAACACGGCUUGGAUUAGAGGACUUUGAGUCGCUCAAAGUGAUUGGCCGUGGAGCUUUCGGAGAGGUGCGGCUAGUUCAGAAGAAGGACACGGGACACGUUUAUGCCAUGAAAAUCUUGCGCAAGGCUGAUAUGCUUGAGAAAGAGCAGGUGGGUCAUAUUCGAGCAGAAAGGGACAUCCUUGUAGAGGCAGACAGUCUGUGGGUAGUCAAGAUGUUUUAUAGCUUUCAGGAUAAGAUGAACCUCUACCUCAUCAUGGAGUUUCUGCCUGGAGGUGAUAUGAUGACUCUACUGAUGAAGAAAGACACUUUAACGGAGGAGGCCACACAGUUUUAUAUUGCUGAGACUGUACUGGCUAUUGACUCCAUUCACCAGCUAGGCUUCAUCCACAGAGACAUCAAACCAGACAACCUGCUGCUGGACUCAAGAGGCCAUGUAAAGUUGUCUGAUUUUGGCUUAUGCACUGGUCUGAAGAAAGCUCACCGCACAGAGUUCUACAGAAACCUCAAUCAUAGCCUUCCCAGCGACUUCAGUAAGCAGACAAACAUCUCUUCUGCGUUCCAGAACAUGAACUCAAAGAGGAAAGCAGAAACAUGGAAGCGAAACAGGAGACAGUUGGCCUUCUCCACUGUUGGAACCCCUGACUACAUCGCCCCAGAAGUCUUUAUGCAAAAUGGGUAUAACAAGCUCUGUGAUUGGUGGAGUUUGGGUGUCAUUAUGUAUGAAAUGUUGAUAGGUUACCCUCCAUUUUGCUCUGAGACACCUCAGGAAACGUACAGGAAAGUGAUGAACUGGCGGGAAACUUUGACCUUUCCACCUGAGGUCCCAAUUUCAGAGAAGGCCAAGGAUAUGAUCCUCAGGUUCUGUUGUGAGAGUGAGCUCAGGAUUGGAGCCACUGGAGUGGAGGAGAUCAAGACUAACCCUUUCUUCGAGGGGGUGGACUAUGACCAUAUCAGGGAGAGACCAGCAGCUAUUCCAAUUGAGAUCAAAAGCAUUGACGACACCUCAAACUUUGACGAGUUCCCUGAUUCAGACAUCCUUCAGCCUACAGCCCCUCCUGUGUCCAACCACACCGAGGCAGAUCUGAAGAGUAAAGACUGGGUGUUCAUCAACUACACCUACAAGCGCUUUGAGGGGCUGACUGCACGAGGAGGCAUCCCAUCGUACAUGAAAACUGGGAAAAGAUAGGCCUCGAUGGGACUUGAUGCUGCGCUUUUGCAGUGGAUGUUUUUCAAUAAGGAGACGUUCUCCAUCGCUCCUCUUCGCAUCUGAAGGAUCUUGCAUCAUCCGUUUCCUGUUUUGAUUCAGUCGACCAUGACUCAUUAAUGGAUGUUGACUCCACCCGCACUCAAUCCAUAGAAGGACACGUUCAGAGUCAUACCUAAGGGCUUUUUUUCCUCUCACACCCUAAAUGUCCUCACUUCACCCUUUUCCUUUUUUCUUUCUUAAGGAUUUGAGGCAAUCGUCUUGCAGGUUGCCAGAUUUUGUACAUUUUAGGAAUGGGGAUUUUAGUACACUGACACUGGUAAAAAAAAAAAAGGGCUUGAACGGAAGCUAGUUAGAUCUCCUGCAACCAUAAUUGAUUUGAACUGCGUUAGCACUGGUGGAUCGUCGAUUAACCAUUUCAAAGAACUAGCGUUUGUGGUAAAAUCUCCGUCUCAGCCUUUUUUCGUGUCCACAUCUGAUGUACACAUCUUCCCUAGUUUUAAUCGAGAUGGAUUUUUUUGAAAAUCCAUUCUUUUAAAGACAAUACUUUCCUCUGUUUCAUGGAAAUUCCUUCUCGUUACGCUCGCCAUCCAAGAUCUCAGUGACAAUGGCAAAACACGGGGCUUCAUAGUCAGUCGGAUCUGAAUGUGAUUUAUACGAACCCCCAAAGCUGCAGAUGUUGCCUUGCGCUCGGAUCCUUCUUAUACCAGCAGAAACAUCAUGAAUGCAUUUGCCAAUUAAACCAAAUUAUUCAUCAACUGCAUAUCAGGAAACUUCACCAGCUUAUGUCAAUAACCAAGCAAUCUCUAUGGACCAGCAUUAGUUUUUUUAAUGGGUAGUUUCAGCCACUGGCUGAUUCAGAAGUUGCUUGGUGGUAAUGCAAUUGUUUUUCUUAAUAAAGGGGCUCAUUGCUGAAGUUUGGGGAACAAAGCCACAAUUCUUGCAUCUUGAGAAGAAUAGCAAAACUAUUCAGGGAUUUGAAUUUGAUCGAGUCUUCCGUUUUGUGGCGAUGAAAUGUUCAAUGCAAAAAAUUGUAUACUACCAAAGAGAUGCCACUUUUAAUCAUCUUUAUGGGCUUGAAUCUCGAUGUUGUUUGGUCAUGGAUGCUUUGGCUUUCAUACAGCAUUAAUUAGCAAGCUUAUACUUUGUCUUGAGCAGCUAUCAACUUAACUUGUAGCAAGAUAUUAAUUCCAUAUGGUUUUAGUCAGUCUGCAUUAUUGAAGCUGCUUGUAUCAGCAUGUUGCUAGUGAUGGCUGACUGUACAAAUCAAACAAGAGUGCAAGAAUGAUUUUCAGAGUGUGUGAAAUUCGCAGACAGUGAAUGACUGAAUUGUAUUUCUACAAUCAGGAACCAUGUGUCGUCUUUCUGUGACCAAAUUGAAUGUAUCUUGAAGAUUAAAAGAGGCUUCUGGAAGAUCCAUUCAUUUAGAAUCGGCUGCUCGAGAAUGACCUGAGAUUCACCUAAAUGCGAUUGAUUUGGUGACUAGAUUUUAUGCUGCACACAGCAUGACAAAAGUUUUGUAUGUGGAAUUGCUUGUUGAUAGAUGUUGAGCUGAGCACAAUAUACUGCUAGAGUAAUAUCUCAAAUAACAUUACUGUAUCCCACAAUGAUAUGGAAAGUAGCAUGAAAUCAUGUUCGAAUGGUGCGUUUUUUUUAUCCUUAGAGCAAUUUGUGACCGCCUUUGGUCUGGAUGUGUAUUAUUAUUAUUAUUAUUAAUUUUUUUUUUUAAUAUAUAAUAAUUAUGGCUGGAGAGUUUUUAUGCUGUCUGAGUGUCGUUCUGUUGCAUGUUUUCACGUGUGCUGGACAAGUCAAAGAGCUAUGAAUGAGUUUGUGAAGUUUCAUGCUGCUUUAUUUGUUCCUCUUUUUCUAGUAUCAAGAAUAUGUAGGGGUGAUUUCAUGGGUAUUGCUUAUGAAUGAUGGCUUGGUGGAAUUAUACACUGUCUCUAAGAAGCAGAUCACAGGCUGGACUGCUUUGUAUCUCUUGUUGCUGUAUCUCACAUGCUGAAAAUGAUCAUGAUCAUAAAGAGAGUAUCUGUUUUAAAUUCUCACUUGUUUUUCUGUAGGUUUCUUGCUUGCAUCCUUGUCCUAGAGUGAGGAUGUUCUCUUUGAAUCAGGAAAAAGGACACUUUUUCUUUUCUUGAAGAUAAACAAUGCACCUUUUGCUAGUUGUAAUGUCAUGUAUAUUUAAAGUACACACACACACUUGUCAAGUUAUAUACACACUGAAUGACUGUUCUGUUGUUUGCCUGUAAGAGAGUUUGUAAUUCUUUCAGAAACUUAUUUCACACCUAACCAGAUGUAGACUAGUCUUAAGAUUUUUGCCGUCUAUAUUUACUUGCUUAGAGCUAAAGAAAUAAUUACACCAAUCUGUAUAAAGGAGUUUAUUCAAACUGGCGCUAGUGCUCACAAACUAUCUGUGCAGGAGAUCAUGGAUUUAUCGCUGCUUAUCCAGAUCAUAAAUGCGUAUCAAGUGCAAAGCUGAUCAAGGAGCAGCAUUCCUGUUUCUGAAGGGUUUGUGAACACGGCUUCUGGUUUCACUGAUGUCACAUUCUGCUGUGGGAGGUGGGCGUUUGUCCUCUCCCUGCCUUAAAUUUGAGUUGUAGAGUGUUUGUGGAUUUUUCCUACGCUCACAGAGCACCUUUCACUGGUUUAUUUGUCUGAUAGAGAGUUUGUUUUUGAGGUGGGCACACUUUGACCUGUAAAACGUCCUGAAUAAAACACCAGUUCAUUUA